GUCGAUAAUGUGACGGUCAAGGUCAACAUGGAGGCGAAAGCACGCGCCAUGCCCCUGGACGAGCUUCCGCCCAGUUUCCGUAACGCCAUAACCAUUACCCGCCAGCUGGGAAUACAGUAUCUGUGGAUAGAUGCCCUGUGCAUCACCCAGGACAGCAUGGACGUCGACUGACCCAAGGAGGCGGCCAAGAUGGAGCACUACUACACGCACUCCAUAGUGACCGACCGUAUCGGCCGCCAACGCCGAGACUCGGCCCAAGGGAUCCUGCAGCGGCGGGAGCUUCUUUUUGAACCUGAGUACUCGCGGCGGCACCUCAGCUACCCGUCGGACAAGCUCACGGCCGUUUCGGGCGGCCAUAUCCGACUCGGUGCUCUCUGGCUCGCUGUUUACCUGCAUGUCGACGACUUUCCCGAGCUGCGGUCGGGCGGCUACUCGGGCCCACCUCCAGUUGGGCCUCUCGGAAGCGAGCCGGCCAGACUCGUCGGACCCCUGGGCGGACCACACUCGAGCCCUGCGCCCGCCAGAGAUGGGCGCGGUCGCCAGAGACACGACAACGGGCGCUUCAUCAAGAGAAACACGGCGGAGAUUGUGAUUACCUAAAGACGGACGCUCUGAACUAGCA